AUGUGUGGAAUCAACACGGAGGAGGAAACAAAGAUCCCCUGGGGUUGGAAAGCCCCAUGGAAAAGAAACAACACUCAGAUCUCAAGUGAAGAUUGGAAGCAACGACUGCCCCAAAGCAUAAUUAUUGGAGUGCGGAAAGGAGGCACGCGAGCCCUGCUGGAGAUGCUGAGUCUGCAUCCCCAGGUGGCAGCUGCCCAUUCCGAGGUGCAUUUCUUCAAUGUGGAGGAGAAUUACCGCAAAGGACUUGGUUGGUACAGUCAGCAGAUGCCUAUUUCACACCCCACUCAAAUCACCGUGGAAAAGACACCAGGCUAUUUUUCGUCUCUCAAAGCCCCGGAAAGGAUCCAUGCUAUGGACAACUCAAUGAAGCUCCUGCUGAUUGUACGGGACCCUGUGGAAAGGUUGGUGUCUGAUUACACACAAAUCCUUCACAACCGCAAGGCACGGCACAAGCCCUACCAAGCUCUAGAGCAGAUUCUCUUGAGGCAGGGCCAGGAACUUAACACCCGGUACAAAGCCAUGCAGCGCAGCCUAUAUGCCUUACACCUGGCUCGGUGGCUGGAGUUCUUUCCCCGGUCACAGAUUCACGUGGUGGAUGGAGGCACCCUGAUCCGGGAGCCUCUCUCAGAGAUGCGCCACGUAGAGCACUUCUUGGGACUGGAGCCUUACCUUGGCCCAGACAACUUUUACUUCAACCAGACCAAGGGCUUCUACUGCCUACAAGCAAAGGGGUAUCAGCACUGCCUAGACCAAUCCAAAGGACGACCUCAUCCCACUGUUGAUGAAGUACUGCUUGAGCAACUCUGCACCUACUUCAGUGAGCACAACGAGAACUUCUUUGCCAUGGUGGGUCGAACGUUCAACUGGUGCUAA